CCGGGCAUUUGCAGCCGGACCCGGAGCAGCCAUCGGGGGUUUCCUUCUGGCCCCGUUUUUUGCGCAGGGAAGAGGGGCGCACUCGAGUGGCGGGUUGGGGGGGGGGACGAGCCCAAGGUUGCUUCUUCCCCCUCCUCUCUCUGUUCCCCCCCUUCUCUUUCCUUCUCUCCUAAGGCCUGUCUCUUUCUCUCUCUCCCUGCCUAAUUCGGAUCGGCCUCUCGCCUUCCUUAAACCGGAUCAGCUCCUCUUCCUGCCAUUGAAUCGGAGCGCUUCUCCCCUUGGCUCCCAUUUGCACCGCCACCGGCGUUUCUCGCUCUCACCUUGUGCCCCCUUUCUAGGCCGGGGGGGGGGGGGUUGAGAGGGGGCUGCUUUCCCUUGGUCGUGUCGGGGGGGGGGGUUCCUUGCUUGCAAUUGCGACCCCCGAGCCCUUUCUCUUGUCUUCUCCCGCGCUCCUGUCCCUCUUCUGGGUCUCCAAGCGGGCUGGUAGGGGGCUUCGGAGAGAGCUAGAGGAGGGGGGUCUGCUUUCCUUGGCCGAGGAGGGGGGGUCUUCUUGCUUGCAAUUGCGACCCCCGACCCCUUUCUCUUGUCUUCUCCCCCACUCCCAUCCUCCUCCUGGGUCUCCAACCAGGGUAGGGUAGGGGGGCUCCCAGGGGCUGACUGCCCUGGGAUGGGGCCUGGGGCACUCUUUCCCUCCUCCCAGCCUGGGUCCGCAAGGCCAAGGAAGGGCCCGAAAUACCGCCUUGUGGCCCCGGGGAGACCUGCGCUCGCUGGCUCGGAGCCGCCUUCCCGAUGGUGCAGCUGGUAGCGCUAGUGUGGCGGAGGCUGCUGCGCAAGCGAUGGGUCCUGGCCAUAGUCUUCGGCCUCUCCCUCAUCUACUUCCUUAACAGCACCUUCAAGCAGGAAGAGAGAGUGCUGCGGGAUCGGAAUUUCCCCCAAGCUCAAGACGAAAAUCGCCCAAUCGCCUGGAAAGUCCAUUUCAUCCUGGGGAAUAGCAGCCAGACGAAUAACCAAUGUCGGAAUUCUGUCCAAGGGAAACUCUUGAUCACGGAUGAGUUGGGCUACAUCUGCGAAAGGAAGGACCUGCUGGUGAACGGGUGUUGCAACGUGGAGGCACCCAGCGUCAAGUUGUACAGCUGCGACAGCUGCCUGCCUAGUGGAUGUUGCAGUGUCUACGAGGCCUGUGUGUCCUGUUGCUUACAGCCCAACAAGCAACAGCUCCUUGAGCAUUUUCUAAACCGAGCGGCGGUGGCCUUCCGGAAUCUCUUCAUGGCUGUGGAAGAUCACUUUGAGCUCUGCCUGGCCAAGUGCAGGACCUCCUCCCAGAGCGUGCAACAUGAAAACACCUACCGCAACCCCAUUGCAAAAUACUGCUACGGGGAGUUUCCGCCAGAUCUUUUGUCCGUGUGAAAGUGCUCAAGAAACUGAGAACUCUUACAGUGAGAGUUGCCACAUGGCAGAGAGAGAGAGAGAAAACGUGGCAACUGGCUGGUUGGAUUCCUUCGGCAGCCUCCAAACUUCACCUUCUGAAUUGUUUAGCCUGCUGCCCCUGUCCCUGCAGCUGCGAUGUGGAGCAAAAUGGGUGGAAAUCUACGAAUAGCUGGAUUCAAAGAUGUGCAUCAGGGGCUCAGGUGAAAUUUGGACAUAAGACUUUUCAGUUCCUAAUCCAUCUCAGUCACGUGGGACCACGGGUAGAUGGAAGAAGCCAUCAGAAGAGCCAAGAUUGCAAGCGGGCGUUGGAAAUUUGGAAAUUUUUUAUUUAAGCAAUGAGAAGAUACUUGGGUUGGUGUGGUGGCCUAGAGGUGGAGAGCUCUCGCCUCACAUUCAAUGAGAAGAUACUUGGGUUGGUGUGGUGGCCUAGAGGUGGCGCUCUCACCUCACAUUCAGCAGGUUGUGAGUUCGAUCCUAGGUAAGAGGCAGAU